AAUCUGUCUACACAAUCAUAAUUUAUAGAUCUAAUCAUGAAGUAUAAUUAACUCAUGCUGCUGUUCUCUCUUCUUCUCCUCCUCACCCAUUGAUGCUCAACCUUCUCCCUCCUUCAGUCUUUCUUAUGGAUCCAACCAUUUCUCUCCUCCUUUUUUUACUAUCUUUCUUCGCUAACUUGUUUGGCCUUACAGCUGAAACCCCAACGUCGGUCACUCGAAUCUCGGUAGUAGGUGCAGUUUAUUGCGACACAUGUUUGAGCAACAGUAUCUCCAAACACAGCUACUUCUUGCCUGGUGUGGAUGUCCAUUUACAGUGCAAAUUUAGAGCAGUUGCUCCCAAAAUGGCCGAGCAAAUGAGCUUCUCUGUCAACAGAACUACAGAUAAAUAUGGAGUAUAUAGGUUGGAAAUUCCAUCUGUGGAUGGAACCAAUUGUGUGGAUGGUAUGACAAUGCAGUCAUUUUGCCAAGCAACCUUAAUAGGAACCUCACCGGAAGUCUGCAAUGUUCCAGGUUUAAGAACUGCAAGCGAAGAGAUAUCGAUUAAGUCUAAGCAAGAUAAUCUCUGUAUAUUCAGCUUAAAUGCCUUGAGUUACAGGCCUCUUAAGAAGAAUGCAAGCUUAUGUGGAGAUCAGAAAGAGAAAACUCCAGAUCCCUUGACCUCCUCAAAGUUUUUUCUCCCCUUCUUCCCUCCUUAUUCAUUCCCUUUCCCCUUUCCUCCUCUGCCACCAUUCCCUUCCUUUCCUUUGCCUCCACUUCCUCCAUUGCCCCCUGUUCCAUAUUUACCUCACCCUUCGUGUCCUAUCCCGCCAUCAUUACCAUUUCCUUUCCCACCUUUGCCUCCUUUCUUUCCUUCACUUUCAAGUCCACCCCCACCAUCUGCACCACCUCCGCCGCCUCCAUUCAGUCUUAGCGAUCCAAGGACCUGGAUACCAUAUGUUUCCCCAUUUUCUCCUCCACCACCUCUAUCAUCAUCAUCACCACCGCCACCACCUCCAUUCAGUCUCAGUGAUCCAAGGACCUGGAUACCCCAUGUUCCUCCAUUUUCCCCUCCCCCACCUCCUGCUUUUGAUCCCCGAGACCCGAGAACCUGGAUUCCCCAUAUCCCUCCAUUUGCUACUCCCCCACCUCCUGCAUUUGAUCCUCGAGACCCCAGAACAUGGAUUCCCCAUAUCCCUCCAUUUGCUGCUCCCCCACCUCCUGCAUUUGAUCCUCGAGACCCCAGAACAUGGAUUCCCCAUAUUCCUCCAUUUUUCUCUCCCCCACCUCCUGCAUUUGACCUUAGAGACCCCAGAACAUGGAUACCACAUUUCCCCCCAUCUCCUCCACAGGGCCUCCAAAAUCAAAAGCCCUAAUGUUGUUCUUUGUCUUCCCUCCUAUUUACCACUACAAACUUUGUUUGAAUAUGAUACUGUUUGAUCCGUGGUUAUGUAUUUUUCGGGUGCCCAGUCCAUUCAGGCAAAACAACAAACACCUAGUGUGCCUAUGAUUUUUCUAGCAAAAACAUUAUAAUUCAUGUACAGAAAACAAGGGGGAUGUGUCUGUUUAUAUUAUGAAGCAAGAAGCUGGAUAUUAUCAAUGUAUUGUUUCAUUAAUCUUCAAAUUUGCAAGAGAGCUUACAUUCUCA